GUAGUUGAUAGACCGCUCUUUGAUUUCUCCGCCACUUUCUUCUCCCUUUUCACUGUUCCUAACUCCCAACGGACUCCUCGAGGUUUCAUUCUCUCUCAUAUACUCUUGGACUCUUUAGCGCUCUCAGAUCUCGGUCUCUCCAUACAUCUACACUUCACCAUUUCCAUUUCCUUCUUCCUUCAAAAUGCAAUCCUCGCUUUCACUCUCGUUCUCUGCCACCUCCUCCUCCGCCGCCACCGUCUCCAGAUCACGCCACUCCUUCCACGUCCCCGAGGUCACGCCUCUCAAUCUCCGCUUCUGCGGCUUGCGGCGUGAGGCAUUUGAUUCAGGUCUCUCUGCUUCUCUCAACCGCCACCACUCCCACCUCCCUCGCCGCCCUCACUCCGCUGCAGUCUCGGCCGCGCUCUCCACCAAUGGCAGCCCUCCCAAAUCGUUCGACUACGAUUUGCUCAUUAUCGGCGCCGGCGUUGGUGGCCACGGCGCAGCGCUUCAUGCCGUCGAGAAGGGUUUAAAAACCGCAAUUGUGGAAGGAGAUGUGGUGGGAGGGACAUGUGUGAACAGAGGCUGUGUUCCAUCGAAAGCUCUUUUGGCAGUGAGUGGUCGUAUGCGAGAACUGAAGAGCGAUCAUCACUUGAAGUCCUUCGGCUUACAGGUAUCUGCGGCUGGGUAUGACAGACAAGGAGUCGCUGAUCAUGCUAAUAAUCUUGCUUCAAAAAUUCGUAACAAUUUGACCAACUCAAUGAAAGCGCUUGGAGUGGACAUACUUACUGGUUUUGGAACCAUAUUGGGCCCUCAAAAGGUGAAAGUUGGCUCUUCAAACAAAGUAGUAACUGCUAAAGAUAUCAUCAUUGCUACCGGGUCUGUUCCUUUUGUACCAAAGGGCAUCGAAGUUGAUGGGAAGACUGUGAUUACCAGUGACCAUGCACUUAAACUGGAGUCUGUUCCUGAUUGGAUAGCAAUUGUAGGAAGUGGGUAUAUUGGCCUUGAAUUCAGUGAUGUCUAUACAGCACUUGGAAGUGAGGUUACUUUUGUAGAGGCUUUAGAUCAACUUAUGCCUGGAUUUGAUCCUGAAAUUAGCAAGUUGGCUCAGAGGGUCCUUAUAAAUCCCCGGAAUAUUGAUUACCAUACUGGAGUUUUCGCCACCAAGAUCACACCUGCAAGGGAUGGAAAACCUGUCUUGAUCGAACUUAUUGAUGCAAAAACUAAGGAGCCAAAGGAGACUUUGGAGGUGGAUGCUGCACUAAUAGCAACUGGCAGGGCUCCAUUCACACAAAAUCUUGGAUUGGACAAUAUUGAUGUCGUAACACAGCGUGGCUUUGUUCCCGUGGAUGAGCGCAUGCGUGUAAUUGAUGCAAAUGGCAAACUGGUGCCGCAUUUAUUCUGUAUUGGUGAUGCAAAUGGCAAGAUGAUGCUUGCUCAUGCUGCCAGUGCGCAAGGAAUUUCAGUGGUUGAACAAGUUACUGGAAGAGAUCAUGUGCUGAAUCAUUUAAGCAUCCCAGCUGCUUGUUUCACUCAUCCUGAAAUAAGCAUGGUUGGGUUAACAGAGCCUCAAGCAAGGGAGAAAGGGGAAAAAGAGGGGUUUGAAGUAAGUGUUGCCAAAACAAGUUUUAAAGCAAACACGAAGGCCCUAGCAGAAAACGAAGGAGAGGGACUUGCCAAGUUGAUAUACAGGCCUGACAAUGGAGAGAUACUGGGAGUUCAUAUUUUUGGUUUGCAUGCAGCAGAUCUCAUCCAUGAAGCAUCCAAUGCUAUAGCAUUAGGGACACGUAUUCAGGACAUAAAAUUUGCAGUUCAUGCACAUCCAACCUUGUCCGAGGUUCUUGACGAACUAUUCAAAUCAGCAAAGGUUAAAGCACAAGCUUCUAGCCCAGUAAGUGAACCAGUUGCAGUCUAAUCUUCCCAAACAAAGUAUAAAAUUUUGAAGAAAUUUACUUGUACUAGGGACUUCCAAAUUAUAAUGCAUCUUCAGGAGGAAGACAACACACUCAGAAUCCUGUAAAUGAGGGGAACAGUUGGAGGAGGGAGAUCAAUAAUGGCCUGAUAAUGGAUGAACGCCCAAGAAUACAUGUUCUGGUUUCUUUUCUACUUGCUAUUCUUAGUGCCUGUAAAAGAUGCUUAUCUUCAUUAUUAUUGCAUUUUUUAAACUAGUUUGCUUCAUCUAAUUAUAGUCAAUGAGAAAACCUUUUUGAGAAA